GUUUCUUUCUGAGAUAUUCUCGAAUCAUCCCUAUCUCUUUGCCCUUUUCUCGUGAAGGUUCAGAUAACCGGUAUCAUGGACUUCCAGCCCAAGAAACAACCUUUCAGCCGAGGUUCUGAGACUAUCGUCCCAUGCCAGCACCAAUCAACUGUGUCCUCCCCUUGCACCCAGUCCCCAGUGCAGGCGGCCUUCCCACAGCCACAUGCCAGAUCUCCAAUUAGCCAUGGAUGUUCUGCGAAAGGCUUUCCUUCCUUUGGCACACCAAGCGCUGUCGGAUACUCGCAGUCGAGUGUGUAUUCCCCUAGUCCCAACACGGUCACAAUGGGGUACUCGUACUCGAGCAGUGCCCCAACAGACCGCACGGCGUCCUAUCAGCCCGUGCCGCCGCAACCACAUUCCGCCUAUGCUGGUGGCUCGUCAUAUGAGAUUCAGGCAACCUCGAUACGCCCGUCAUCUUUGCCGCACCACAGUCACCCGAAUAGCCCUUUGACGUCUUACUCGGGUUUAUCAGGUCACUCCUCCGCCGCAAGUUCUUACGGCUAUCCCUAUGCCGCUAGUUCUGCGACAACAAGCCCUAGCACAGCGAACACGCCUGUACAGCCCUUGUCACCCACACUCAUUGGAGUAGGGAGUUGGGACAAUAUCAGACCACCCAUAGAGAACUAUGAGCAACCAACCAUGGACCGAAGCAGUCGGGAAGGGCGUAGAGUGUAUGUCACAGAUUUCCCACCCAAUCCCGCGCGAUCUGAAUCGAUAGAGGUCCAUCGAUCCAGCAGUCCUUUGAAAGAGGAAGACAUCUAUACAAAGAGACGCAGCGUUCGACCUUUGGCGUCGUGUAAAGAUGACCAAAAAGGCACCAGCUCCCGGCCGCGCAAAGACGACGAUAAGGAAGACAGAAGGAAACGGGGCGAACGGAGACGAGAAGGUGUUUCGGACAGACGUGAGACAAGAACGUACUAGUUUGGCAUGUAACUUCCGGAUUUUUUCCUUCCUCUGUAGGUUUCCAGUCACUCUCAAGGGCUUCUUUUGCACCCUCUAAAGAUCUCAUUCGGGUUUGUUGCGACAGUAGUGGUGUUAAGAUCCAAUCAACUUCUGGCUAGGAUAAGACCGUUUACUGUUGCUGUCACUAGCACAUGUACGAGGGAAUUUCAAAAUGCAGGUCUUCGAAACUUUCUUUCCUGGAAUCAUGAGAAGCUUAGAAAUGUUUUUCCACUUCCAUCCCUAGAUAAUAUGACGCAUCGGCAUCCGCCUCUAACCACCAU